UUCAUUCACAACACAUGAUAAGAACUGUGUAAGAACUGAGUAGUGUAUGGCGAGAAUUUCACUGACCGAUUUCCACAGAAGAUUUGUAUAUAUCGCGUAUUAAUCUUUCUAGUCAUAGUAACGACAAAGCUAUAAACAUUCACAUUCAUGACUUGUAAAAUAUCAUGAUAUUGUCUACUAAAGUCGAUAAAAUACAUUAUAGAAUAUAACAUUUAAUUAUGUAAAUUUUUUAAAGCAGUGUCUGCUCCAAUUGCGUCACGUGAUCUGUCUUUCUUCACUCUUUGCAUGGCCACGUUUGUAGAGAAUUCUGCAGCGCAGGCAGUGAGACCAACCGUAGGGGGAGGGGAAACUGAGAUCCAUGCUACGGCAAAUGAACUGGUAUCUGUGACUGACGAGUCUCUUCAUCAGACAAUUCGCCACAGACGCGAUGAAAGCCCCUUCUAUCAAUCCCAACUAGACUACGAAGCACCUGACGACGCUAUUCCAUUGGAGAAUUCGGACUCAUUCUUGAGACUAGAGCAAGGCAGGUUUGAAGAGGAACAGGAUCCUACUCAAAGCGUGGAGGCUAGUCUUCCUUCCAGUCGAUCCACAUGCGGUUUUGGUUUUACUCGACUUCAGAGAGAGAGAAGACUCUCAGUGCAUAGUGCCAGCAGACUUGCGUCAGAGAGUGUUAGCUAUCGCCGACUAAGCAUUACAACUGGAAGCGACGUCAAGACAACCUUUGAGGGAAAUACUGCUCUUUGUCAUCUCUUGGUGAAAGCUUUGCAGAUACGUGAAAAAUACAUGGCGAAGAGUCUCCAAAACUUUUGUCAUAUUACAUCUAAUUCACUACUCAAGCAAGUUGACUUUGAUCGCAUUACAAAAUUUGAACCAGAAUAUCAAGGCCAGUCACCUUCAGCAUCUGCUCCAUACAAGCCAUUUGGUGAGCCAACUCAAAGUGACAAUGGGUUUGUGUUUGAGAUGAAUCAAGGGGUUGUUCACGUGUAUGCAAAUGAAGCAGACAGAAAAAAUGGAAAACUGUGGUCAAAUAUGCCUAAUAUCAACUUAGAUGAAUUUGUUCGCGAUAGCGAAUCUGUCUUUCUUGCUUGCAUCAAUGGGCCUUUGAAAUCGUUCUGCUAUUGCCGGCUCAACUAUUUGGAGUUGUCGUUUCAUCUUCACGGAAUACUUAAUGAGAAGCCUGAAGCUGUGGAACAAAAAUCUGUUCCCCAUCGAGACUUCUACAAUGUCAGGAAGGUUGAUACUCAUGUUCAUGCUGCAUCUUGUAUGAAUCAAAAGCAUCUUCUGCGCUUCAUCAAAAAGAAAAUGAAAGUUUCACCUGACGAAAAAGUAAUUGUUAGAGAUGGGCAGCAGCUGUCUCUUUCUGAGGUGUUUGAAAGCCUUGAAAUGACUGCCUAUGAUUUGAAUGUAGAUAUGCUGGAUGUCCAUGCUGAUCGAAGUACCUUCCAUCGGUUUGACAAAUUCAACUUGAAAUACAACCCUGUGGGUGAGAGUCGUCUUCGAGAGAUUUUUCUUAAAACAGACAAUCACGUAAAAGGGAAAUACUUUGCUGAGCUUCUCAAGCAAGUUAUGAGUGACUUGGAGGACAGUAAAUACCAGAAGGCUGAACUUCGAAUUUCAGUUUAUGGUCGGUCACGUGAUGAAUGGGACAAGCUGGCUGAUUGGGCUUAUGACAAUGAGAUUUAUUCAGAUCAUGUUCGUUGGCUUGUCCAAGUUCCCAGACUAUAUGACGUGUAUCGAAAAAACUGUAGUGUCAAGAACUUUCAAGAAAUGCUUGAAAAUCUAUUCUUGCCACUGUUUGAGGUGUCUGUGAACCCACAGUCUCACCCAAGACUCUACAUGUUUCUACAGCAAGUAGUUGGGUUCGACAGCGUUGAUGAUGAAAGCAAACCUGAGCAUCAGUCAUUUCGACAGUCAAGUCCGCCACCUGACCGCUGGGAAAAUGAAGAGAAUCCCCCCUACGCUUACUAUUUGUACUACAUGUAUGCCAAUAUGACAGUACUCAAUUGGCUACGCAAGGAAAGAAACAUGAACACAUUUGUUCUCCGGCCACACUGUGGGGAGGCUGGCCUCUGGCACCACCUGGUCACAUCUUUUAUGUUGGCUGAGAACAUUUCUCAUGGUCUACUUCUCAGGAAGGUGCCCACUUUGCAGUAUCUCUACUACUUAGCACAGAUUGGAAUAGCUAUGAGCCCUCUUUCCAAUAAUCUCCUCUUCUUGGAUAUCCAUCGAAAUCCAUUACCCCAGUUUUUUCAACGUGGACUGCUGGUAUCUGUUUCCACGGACGAUCCUCUUCAAUUCCAUUUCACAAAGGAACCCCUCAUGGAGGAGUACAGCAUUGCAUCUCAAGUUUGGAAGCUAUCUCCAAGCGAUAUGUGUGAACUGGCACGCAACUCGGUUCUGAUGAGCGGGUUUGAGCGCCUGGUGAAGCAGCAUUGGAUUGGAGAAGAGUACUGGAAACCAGGACCACAUGGCAAUGAUGUAACGAGAACGAAUGUUCCAGAUAUUCGAUUAGCUUACAGGCACGAGACUCUUCACUCUGAACUUGCAGGCGUCUGUGACGCAGGGAAGAAACAACUCUAAAGUUACUAGCCGCGAUCACGAACACUUUUGAGUUACGAUGAAUACUUUCAGCGAAAACAUGGCAAUUUUGAGUUUUAUUUGAUUUAUGGCAGUUUGUAUACCACUCUUUACUAGAUCUAAACCAGUCGAUCGUCAUGAAGCAAAAAUAGAACACGUAUGAAAUUU